AUGAAACAAUUCGUAAUUCUCUGCGUUUUCAUCGCCAUUCUAUCCACACUAACAUUAGCACGACUAAACAGUGAUAACGAUGGUUUCGAUGUUGAUCGUGAGAAUGCAGUUGAGUUUUUAAAACGAACAAUUUUUCAUCCAGGCAAGACUAAAUGUGAAGAACAAAAACGAGAAGCAUCUGAAAAAUAUGAGGAACGUUGUGAACCAAGUAUCAAUAAAUUAACUGGAUCACGUUAUUGUCCCGAUAUUAAAACAUGGGUGGAAUUUAAGAACUAUGAAAUAAACAGCGGUCACGGUCGUUAG